GUGUCUUGGUCCUUCUGGAAACUGCCUUCACCCAGAACCCCAAAGAUUCUCGAUGUCGUCGUCGGUGUCCCCAGCAUGCUGCUUGUAUCAACGAGACCCACUGCACCUGUGAGGAUGGAUUUGCUUUUUCAAGUGGGGAGAUAUACUUCAAUGACCCUCUGGAGAUCUGUGACGAUGUUAAUGAAUGUGUGCCACCCAUUCACAUCAGUUGUGGUGCCCAUGCAGACUGUGUCAAUACAGAGGGAAGUUACUACUGCACCUGCAUCCCUGGAUAUGCACUUCCUUCUGGGGAGAAGAGGUUCCCAAAUGACACCAUGAACGACUGUCAAAAUAUUAAUGAAUGUGCACCAUCCAUUAAUAUCUCUUGUGGUCAGAAUGCAAACUGUGUUAAUACAGAGGGAAGUUACCACUGCAUCUGUAAGCCUGGAUAUGUGCUUCCUUCUGGGGAGAAGACAUUCCCAAAUGCCACCAUGAACAACUGUCAAGGUACAAACCUCCCCUGCAAUCUUUGGCUAGCCUGGGAGUCACUGGAGAAUCUUUCUUUCUGCCUUGAAUCACUAAUCACCACCCAUGACUCUUGGCCUGCUGAGAAGAAGAGAACAAUUGGGACCAACGUGACAAAACUAUUACAGGACCUAGAACAGGCUGCACUGGAGGUUGCUCUCAGUUCUUCUGAGAUCCAGGUGGCACAGAACAACUCUGUUCUGGCUUUUGAAACACGUGUUAUCAACAACUGCUCCCAGGAAAAUGGAAACAUUAGACUGGAAGCUCAGAAUAACUCAGUGGAAAUUUCCUGCAUGGACAUCAUCCACUCAGAUAUUCAAGGUCCGAGUGCAGUUGCUUUUCUCUCCUAUUUUUCCCUUGGGACUGUUAUAAAUGCAUCCUUUUUGGAGGAGAGCCAUGGGAGGAAGAGUUAUGGAAUCUACCUGAUCUCCCAAGUAGUCAGCACUGCUAUAGAAUCUCAGCAAUCUGAAUCCUCCUCUCUUUCUGUUCUUCUGAGUUUCAAGCAUAUUCAGAAAAAGAAAGCAGAAGAAAGGUCUCUCUGUGUCUACUGGAAAGCACUGGGAGAGGAGGGAGGUGUCUGGUCUGAAGAUCACUGCACCCUCAACAAGUCCAAUGAGACACAUACCAGCUGCAACUGCACCCACUUGUCUACUUUUGCUGUCCUGAUGGCUCCCCAAUCAGAGGUGGAGGACGGUGUACUGACAGUGAUCACAUAUGUGGGGCUGAGCCUUUCCCUGCUGUGUCUCUUUCUGGCCAUCCUCACCUUCCUCCUGUGCCACACCAUUAAGAACACGAGCACCUCCCUCCACCUACAGCUCUCGCUCUGCCUCUUCCUGGCUGAUCUCAUCUUCCUCGCAGGAAUUAAACAAACCAAGAAUCAGGUCCUAUGUUCCAUCAUUGCUGGUUUAUUACAUUAUUUCUACCUGGCCUCUUUCACCUGGAUGCUGCUGGACGGUCUACAUCUCUUUCUAACUGCCCGGAACCUGAUGGUUGUCAAUUACUCCAGAGUAAGCCAAUCCCUGAAGAGGGUCAUGUAUCCUCUGGGAUAUGGAAUUCCAGCUGUGAUUGUGGCUACUUCUGCAGCAUCAAGAGCAGACCUUUAUGGAACUCCCGGAACACCUUCCCACUGCUGGCUCCAGCCAAAAAAGGGAUUUCUCUGGGCUUUCCUUGGACCUGUCUGUACUAUAUUCUGUGUAAACUUUGUUUUUAUUCUGCUGGUCUUUUGGAUUUUGCAUAGGAAACUUUCCUCCCUCAAUAGUGAGGUAUCCACUCUCCAGGACACAAGGUUGCUGACAUUUAAAGCCCUGGCUCAGUUGUGCAUCCUGGGCUGCACCUGGUGUCUGGGCAUUCUGCAGAUUGGCCCAGCUGCUAGGAUCAUGGCUUAUCUCUUCACUGUCAUCAACAGCCUGCAGGGAGUCUUCAUUUUCCUGGUGUACUGUCUUUUCAAUCAUCAGGUUCAGGAACAGUACAAACGAUGGUUCAUGACAGUCAGGGAAACAAAAUCUGCGUUCGAGUCGCUCACGCUCUCAAGCAAGGUUGUCUCUGGCUCCACCCAGACCCACACAAGAAUGAGCGCCAGCAAAGGGCACGAUAGUUUGAAAGUUCCCCAUGCCUACCGAAUACCAGAUUGUGAAGGAUAG